AAUUUAUCAAGCAUAUUGCACAGCAAGAACAUAGCAUCAGACUCAAAUUCACUCAAUCCCUCCAGCUGCUUUGUCGUCGGGCCAAUUUAGUAUUUGUGUCGAAACUUGCUCCCCAACUCCCCAGACACAUCGCGACGUGCCAUUGCGCCUUGUCUUUUCAAGCGUUUCCUUCUUCGAAACCUCAUCUGCGCAUUCGUUGAUCAUUCUGAGUGCAGGCCACCAGACAAGCCGUCCCGUGAAGGCAUGUCUGGCGACUAUGUCCCCGUAGAUGCAUCACUAAAAAGUCGGUCUUGGCUCGUCGGCAAGCCGCUCCUCUACUUCACUUCCUCCUUCGUGUCACUAGGCGUGCUCAUCUUUGGCUAUGAUCAAGGUGUCAUGAGCGGGCUCAUCACGGGACCAUACUUCAAGGAUUACUUUAAUCAACCAACAAGCGCAGAAUUGGGUACCAUGGUCGCUGUCCUGGAGAUUGGCGCCUUUGUGUCAUCCCUGGUGGUUGGCAAGGUAGGUGAUACGCUAGGUCGGAGAAAGACAAUCUUCUAUGGCGCAUGCAUCUUUGUCAUUGGCGGGUUGCUUCAAGCAUUUACGAACGGGUACACCAUGAUGCUUCUAGGCAGGAUCAUUGCCGGGUUGGGUGUCGGUAUGCUCUCUACCAUUGUCCCCGUCUAUCAAUCAGAGAUCUCUCCUGCGCACAGUCGUGGUCAACUCGCGUGCAUUGAGUUCACAGGCAACAUCAUUGGCUAUGCUUCAAGUAUCUGGAUCGACUAUGGCUGUAGCUACAUUCAGAGUGACCUCUCCUGGCGCAUCCCUCUAGUCAUUCAAUGCGUCCUAGGCGGAAUCCUCGCUCUUGGUUCACUAGCAAUCUGCGAGUCUCCGCGAUGGCUACUGGACCAGCAUCACAACGAAGAGGGUCUUGUCGUGCUUGCCAACUUUUAUGGGAAUGGUGAUAUAACGCAUCCUCGUGCACAUGCAGAGUACACUGAAAUCAAACAAGCUGUGCUCGCUAUGCAUGCAGAGGGUGAACGUACCUAUGGAGAAAUGUUUCGUCGGUACAAGCAGCGUGUCCUCAUUGCCAUGUCUUCACAAGCACUUGCACAACUCGAUGGUAUCAACGUCAUUUCCUACUACGCGCCUCUGGUCUUUGAACAGGCUGGGUGGUAUGGCAGAGAUGCGAUCCUCAUGACGGGUAUCAACGGUAUCAUCUAUGUCAUUGCCUCCAUCUUACCGUGGUUUGUAAUUGACCGAUGGGGCAGACGUGCCAUUCUCAUGUCAGGCGCAGUUUUCAUGUGUGUUGCGCUAUCUGCCAUUGCCUACUACAUCAAGAUUGAUGUACCUCAUACGCCGCGCAUGGUGGUCAUUCUUGUUAUCGCAUAUAACUUUGCGUUUGGAUAUUCCUGGGGUCCGGUACCUUGGCUUUACCCACCAGAGAUUCUGCCACUCAGUAUUCGCGCAAAAGGAGCCAGCUUGUCAACCGCGUGCUGCUGGUUCUUUAAUUUCAUCGUCGGUGAAACGACGCCAAUCUUACAAGAGGCAAUCGGGUAUAAGCUCUAUCUGAUGCAUGCAUUUUGGUGUGCCUUCAGUCUCCUCAUUGUCUACUUUGUUUAUCCAGAGACGAAAGGUGUUGGGCUUGAAGAGAUGGAUGUGCUCUUUGGCGAUGAGAGUGUUGCACCGACACCGCGCACUCAAUCAUUGGCUGAUGAAGAGGCUGCAGCGGCGCCACCGGAUCAAGCACAAGUAGCGGAGUACUUGAAACAGCAAGGUAAAAUGACAGAUUUGUCUGGCCUACUGGAUAAGCUGAGAGGUAUCCCGCAAGCUGCUGAGAGCGACGUGGAGGAUAAUGCAAGCAUGACGAGUUCAAGUCGACGCGGGAAACAUGGCGAACAACAGAUACCAUUGUUGAACAACCAAGAAUGAGCAUGACACCUAGACGACCAGACAACACGUACUUUAACAAGGAUUGGCAUUAGACAUUGAUCAAUACAUGAUGUAUGCG